AUGCCCUUUUUCGGCGACACUCUCGGCGCAUACAUGCUGCCGCGCGUCGUGCUGGAGUUACUCCAGCAGCCCGGCGGCCAGCAGCAGUGCGGUGUGCGCGGCGACUCGGGCUUCGCCUGGCUGCUGUCCGACAAGCAGCUCUACGUCUGGCGCUAUCGCGAGGGCAAGGAAGCGCGUCUUCGCGUCCUGACGCUACCCCGGCAGCCCACCCAGCCCUGCACCGUCGCCCUCCUCGCAGACAGCCUCCCUCUCGUCCCUUCAGGCGCCACCGCGACCUCCCUCAGCGCGAUCAUCUCCCCACACACCACCGCCGCUGCACACCCCGGUCCUGCAGCCGCCGACAGCUCCCUCACCGUCGCCGUCUGCGACGCCGACGGCCGCCUCACUGUCUGGCUAGACGCACACCACCUAGCCGCUCCCGUCGAGCACCUGCUGCUCAUCUCCCCCUCGCUCACCUCCGACACGGCUGCGGCCGCGGUCGGCUCUCGCCCGCCCCUAGUAUCGGCCUUCACUGCCGCGCGCCUCGACCUGGGCUCCGGUCCCGCCUUCCUCGCCACGCUAUCCGCCGCGGACGGCUCCCUACAUCUGGUCCAGGGAGGCGCCCAGGGGAUCUUUAGCAAGCAGCUGGUGGCGGCGCCGACGCCAGCGGCGGAGAGCCGCGGUCUUGUGGGGGCCCUGGGCAGUGUGCUGAGCCGCGCACUGACGGACGCGUUCGAGCCGUCCUCUCGCUACUUGCGCAAGACCCCCGCCGCCCGGCCGGCGGUGGCGCUGCACCUGGCCCCGGCGGCGGCGGGAGGCGGGCUGCACUACCGGCUGCUGGUGCUGACGCAGGACUCCCUCGACUGCUGGACGAUCCGUGUGGGUUUGCGGCCCUCGGAGACCCUGAUGUGGUCCUUUGCCAACUGCCUGGUUCGCCAGCACGAUAACCGGCGGGGGGGAGGGGGCCCGGUGAACUUGGACUUGGCGGUGGGGGUGGGGGGAGGCGGAGGCGGAGGGGGGUGUCAGGGCGGGGGCCAGCAUGUGGCGGUGUGGAUGACGGAGGCGGCCUUCCGGGGGGCUGCCUCGGCCACGGCGAUAUCUGGAGGAGGAGGAGGAGGAGGAGCUGGAAGUGGAGGAGGAGGAGGAGCCGCGGGGCAGGUCGGGGAGCUGAAACAGCAUGUCGUACAGCUGCUGGAGCUGCUUCCCGAGGGGGGUCCCGCAGUGUGCGGGGGGGUGCAGGACCUGGUGCGGGGGUACGAGGAGCCUCUGGACAGCACCGCCGCCACCCGCCGCCGUCUGCUCUACUCGGGCCACUCCCACACCUGCCUCCUGGCUAGGUGGGAGCAGCACCCGGGGAGCCUGCUCCAGGGAGCCCAGGCCUUCCAGGUCGCACAGCACUACCCGGGGGGAACCGACAUGGCCAGCGGCAGCGGCGGCGCCAGGGUGUGUCGGGCCUUAUGGACCUGGGAGGCCACCUCCGGCACCGCCAGGCCUCUCUCAGACGACCCGGACACCGCAGCUGUGGACAUCGCCGCUGGCGACGCCGCCGACGCCGCCUCCCGUUGGGUCGUACUCUCCGCGACGUACGGAGUCAUGGAAAUUGCCGCCGUCGCGGCAGCGCCGGCGGCGGCUCCGCUCGCCACCGUCAGCGGCGGCCUCGACCUGGCGGCAGUAAUCGCCAACCUGCUGGACGCCGUACUAUCACAGGCCGCCGCCAUCACCGCUGCUGGCGGCAACCUGCAGCCUGUGGCUAGCGGUCUGGGCCGGCGGCUGGGCGCCCUCGGCGCUCUGGACAGUCCCAUGGGUCAGUCCACAUUGGCCCAUUACAGCACUCAGUUGCUGGACCUGCUGCCUAAGCAGUGGGCGGCGGGGAGUGCGGCGGCGGUGGUGGUGGCUGGCGGCGUGGGUGUUGGCGGCGGUGGCGGGGCCGGCGGCAGCGGCGUGCCGCUAACAGUAACUGAGCAGCUGUCUGACAAGGAGUCCCGUCACUCCUUGAUGUUGCAGUGCUUGGCUCUGAGCGGGGUGCUGCAUGUGCUGGAGCCGGAGGUGCUCAGAGUCCUAAUCGAGAACUCUGAGAAGCUGGCAGUGGUUGGGGCGCUGCACCGCCUGCAGGCCCACCAGCGCGACACUCACAUGGCGGGGCAGGGGGGCCAGGAGGGGGACAUGGAGGGACGAGGGGGCCAGUGGUACGGCGGUGGUGGCGGGGUGGCGGCGGCGGCUGUGGCGCUGUUGUCGCGGCUGGUUUCGGAGGCGGGACAGGAGAGCAGCGUCCGGGAGUACGAGGUUUUGUCCCCCACGGAGAUCUUCUAUGCUCGUCCAUCCGUUUCCGUGGGCCAUUUCCUGGCGGCAAUAGGCCGUACGGCAGCUGGAGUGGCCUCUCAAGCGGCUAGAGGCCUGGGGAAUCCCGGGGACAGCGCCCUGUCCUCCCUCCGCGGCACUGUCCGCGAGCUGGGGGCGCUGGUGUCCCUGGUGAUCAGCAACGCGGGCACCCGCCGGGAGCAGCUGGCCGGCUGCUACCACCUGAGCUGCCAGGAGGUGGCGGGGCAGCUGGGGAAACCGGACUGGCUGGCGGGGGCGGACACGCGGGGGGCGCUGGAACAGCUGGCAAUGGCCGUUCUGAUGGUUCGCCCAAUGCCCCCCUCGCCGCCCUCCAUCGAGCUCUCCAACACACUGUACGGCGUCACGGACGUGCUUCUGACGUGUUUUUCGUCCGCUGUGGCGGCCGUCACCCCCCGCAACCCCUCCGCCCGGUCCUCCCUCCUGGCGGCGUAUCGGGAGCUGUUCGAGGUGUGUGAGGCGCUGGCCGCCGCCGACCCCUCCCAGUACUCCCGCCUCUUCACGCACAUGGCCACCCUGCCGCCCGAGGACCCCGCCGACCCCGCCGGCACCGCCCUGGCGACCUACGUCUUCGAGAGGCUGCUGCAGGACGGCAGGCCCGCGGACCUCCUGGAUCUGCCGCAACAGUUCCAUGCGGGCAUCACCGCCUUCCUGCAGUCCCGCCAGCCAGCUGCCUCCAACCUGCUUGCCGUACAGCUGCUCAAGAACGGUGCUCUGGCGGAUGCGGCAGUAGUGCUCACGCAGACCGCAAUGGCGGGGGGGAAUGAGGCGGCUGCAGCAAAACACCGGCAGCAGCAGCAGCAGCAGCCCCCCCGGGGUCGGCGUGCGGGAGAUUCUGCAGUAUCCGGGGGCCCUGUGAUGUGUCGGUUAGGCGGGCCGGUACGACAGCUGAGUCUGGCACGUAUGGCUGCUCGGGCUGCGGGAGAUGUGGGCCAGGAAGAGUACGUGGUACGGCAGCUCAGACUGCUGGGCCUGCAGUCCCGGCUGGGUCACAGUCCGGAUGAGGGCCCGAGGGAUACCGCACUGAUGCUGGACGAGGCGCUGGCGGAGAGGAUGGCGCACGGUAGCAAGUGGCAGGUCGCGUGGAAGGCGGUGUACGAGGCGGAUCCGUGGGACGAGAUCGCGGCGGCGCGGACCGCCGCCACGGAAGGUGUUGGUGGGGGGGGUGCUGGUUUCGGAGGUGUGGGGGCCGCGGGCGGAGGGGAGGAGCAGUGGAUGGCGCUGCUGGCGGAAAGUGCGGUGAGCCGGGCUGCCAGAGCGUGUGCCCGCAGUGAUACGCUUGGUUUCGGAGCCAAUGUGGUGGAUAGCGCCCCGCUGGACCAGGUGGCUCGCUGGCUGCGGUCCUGGGCGGUGGCGGGCAGCGCCACGGGCCCGGGCGCCCGCAGCGGCAGCCCGGGUCGCCACGGAGGUCCUAGCGGGCCCCUCGACCCCCGAGUGGAGAGGAGGGAGGCGGCGGUGAUGGCGGCGCUGAGGUUGGGGGUUGAAGGGAUCCGCGGGGUGCAAACGGCGAGGACCGCGGGGGGGGCGGGGGCGACGGCAGUAGCCAUGGCGGUGUCGGGGGUUGGCGGUGCGGCCUCGGUCGGUACCGGGGGCCUGUGGAAUAUGGGUGGAGAUGGACGAGCGGUGCCGACCGUGACGCUUCUGACUGCGUGA